AUUGCCGGGGACGCGCUCGGUCCGGGGACGCGUCCCCGCUGCCCGCGCCCUCCGCGGGCGGAAGCGGCGGUGCCGGGAGGAGCGGAGAGGAGCGGCAGGUGCUGCCGGGAGGCGGUGGCGGGAUGGCGACGGGGGACGCGGAGCAGGCGCGGUACUGCGCGCGGCUCUCCUACCUCUGCCUCAAAUUCAGCCUCAUCACCUACUGCACCGCCUUCUGGGUGAUCGGGGGCCUUGUUCUCGCUGUUGGGAUCUAUGCAGAAGUUGAAAGACAGAAGUACAAGACUCUGGAAAGUGCCUUCCUAGCCCCAGCCAUCAUUUUAAUCCUUCUAGGCAUUAUCAUGUUCUUUGUGUCUUUUGUGGGCGUGCUGGCUUCCUUGAGGGACAACCUCUGCCUUCUUCAAGCAUUCAUGUACAUUCUAGGUCUGUGCCUGAUGAUCGAGCUGGCUGGUGCUGUCGUGGCCUUGAUUUUCAGAAACCAGACGAUCAAGUUUCUGAAUGAUAACAUUAGAAGAGGAAUUGAGAAUUACUACGAUGAUUUAGACUUCAAGAACAUCAUGGAUUCUGUUCAAAAGCGGUUUAAGUGUUGCGGUGGGGAAGACUACACAGAUUGGUCAAAGAACGCUUACCACAACUGUGCUGCUCCAGGACCUCUGGCCUGCGGAGUGCCUUACACGUGUUGUGUCCGGAACAAGACAGACAUUAUCAACACCAUGUGCGGAUACAAAACCAUUGACAAAGAGCGCUUGAGUAUCCAAGACGUCAUCUAUGUCCGCGGGUGCACCAAUGCAGUGCUCAUUUGGUUUUUGGACAACUACAGCAUCAUGGCUGGUGUUCUGCUGGGCAUCCUGCUCCCCCAGUUCCUGGGGGUGCUGCUGUCCUUGCUGUACAUCACGCGGGUGGAAGACAUCAUAGCUGAGCACAAGCUUGGCGAGAGCCUGUUUGGGGAGAUGCGGCAGCACCCCGAUCCCGAGUUUGCCAGCACAGGCUGCUGCAUGUGCUACCCGGGCUGACAGCAGGAGCCUCUGGAGCCCGUCAGCCUGCGUGUUGGUUUGUGCUUCUGUGACCAUUACAGACAUUGGGUGCGACUGAUCAACUCUAACUCUUCUUUGGUAUUUCUUUUUAAGCAGAAUACCAAAAGCAGAGUCUCUUCUUUACCCCGUGGUCUUAAUAUUUCUAACAUUUCCGCUGCCUCUGUGUGUCUGUUGAGCUCUCACGAGACCCCUGGGUGCCGUGCUCAGGUUGCUCCUAGCUCUUUGGGAAGCGGACCAAGUAACCGCCGUGCCUACACUGCCAUGGAAUCACCAUAUGUGCCCCAUUCCACGUCGCCUUCCUCUCUCCUUGUCCCCUUCCUCUCUUUGGAGGGGCUAAAACCAGGCAGAAUGCUGGGGGCUGCCCGCUGACCCCAGAGCGGGGUGCUGCUGGUGUCAUGGAAUGACAGCGUUGCUUGGGUUGGAAGGGACCUUCAACACUUCCAACUUCCCGUGCACCCUGGGGCCUCACUGCAAGCAGGGUGGCCUUGCCAGCAAUUAAAGCUGUUGGCUGUAUGCUGGAAGGUGAGGCUGCAGCUCCACGUCCUGGGCAGCCUCUCUGUGCCCUUCCCAAUUUCAAUUUCUUACUGGUUGCAAAUCGGAGGAGAGAUUUCUUGCUGAUCUGAAGGGUGAAUAUUAAACAUGUUUAAUGACUUUUUUAUGCUAAUCUCGAUUGAUUUACUGACAGUAAUGGAUGUGACACUGAACACUUCAUUGCUCGGUCCUCUGUGCCUUUUAAUGAUGGGGCAAAUGCCAAUGUUGGAUUAAUCAGGUAAUGCUCGAUAGACUUUUAAUGCAAUUUGUUAUUGUCUGGCUUUUGUAUCAGUUUAUGAGAUGUUUGAGUCUUGUAUACGUACUGUAUUUUUCCUUAUUAGUAAAUUAAGUGUUAGAGAGGAUUGGGGGGGAAUUAUCUAUGUUGAAACGUUUCUGAAUUUGA